AUCCACGUCAUUCUGUACAUAUUUCUGUAUUUAUUUCUAUGAACCUAGAAUUACUCUUCAAAUAUUCCUUCAAACCCCACAAAACCAAAACACCGAAAACAGAAUGAAUGAAACACAAUUCUUGAAGAAGAAACAAAAGAAUGUCGACAAGCCUUCCUCAAUACUCCUCUUCAAGACUCUAUUCGCUCCUGUUUCUCUUUUUUCGACUUCUUCAAGUUAAGGCCAACAUGUUUAUGUAUGCAGGCUGCUCUCAGGAAAAAUUCCAACCAAACUCGCCUUUCGAGACAAACUUCAAUUCCUUACUCUCGUCAAUAGUCACUUCAUCUUCUCAUGAUAUGUACAACAUUUUUGCCCUUGGUAAUGACACGUCUAUCUCAACGGACUCCGCUAUUUACGGACUCUACCAAUGUAGAGGUGAUCAGAAGCUGAUUGAUUGUUCAAAAUGUAUUAAAAGCGCGGUUAGUCAGGUAGGCUUAGUGUGUCCAUACGCAUACGGAGCUAGUUUACAACUAGAUACUUGUUUAGUUAGAUACGAACAUUUUAAUUUUUUCGGGAAACUUGAUACGAGCCUUAGGUUUAGGAAGUGUAGUAGAAGUGUUAGCAACGAUGUCGAGUUUUUUAGGCGUAGAGAUGAUGUUCUUGCUGACCUGCAACGAGCUGCUGGUUUCCGGGUCAGUACUUCCGGUUUAGUUGAAGGAUUGGCGCAGUGUUCGGGUGAUACGAGUGCUUCGGAUUGUGCUUAUUGUUUGUCAGAUGCUGUAGGCAAGCUGAAAAGCUUGUGUGGAUCCGCGGAGGCAGCUGAUGUGUUCUUGGCUCAGUGUUAUGCUAGAUACUGGGCUUCGGGGUACUACGAUUCAUCGCCAAGUACGUGAUGUCGUGCAACAUUUCGACAAGUUCUAACAGUGAUGAUGUGGGAAAAACAGUCGCGAUUAUUGUGGGAGUAGUCGCUGGAAUAGCGGUUGUCAUUGUUCUUCUCUCGUUUUGUCGAAAAGCAUGUUACUAAUUGAUCUGCAAAUAACUGAUUGUUCCAACUUAACACCAACAGAAUCAGUUCUGUAGUAAGUUCCUCUCUUUUGUAGUUGUAUUGUUCAUUUUUUUACAUAUACAGUGAACGUGCUGUACUUAACCACAAUCAGGGUGGAACCAGGGAGGCUAACACAUGCUGAAGUUACGACUGAACAUGGAAAUUUGAUUAGUUUUUUUUUUCUCUAUCAUGUCUUGUUUCUAUAAUUCGGUAAUCUUUUCAUUGGAGUUCGGCUAAUCUGAAAUCAUCAGUGUAAUUGACUUUUAAGAUCUUUAACAAAUGUUGGAUCGGGUGCCUUAUUA